GGCACCGAGGACUCUCUGCUGGCGUCUCCCGCAGGGACCAGGACGGCUGCGGGGCGGACAGCGGAAAGCCCUGCGGGCUGGGACUCGGACUCCGCGCUGAGCGAGGAGAACGAGGGCGCGCGGCGCUGCGCGGACGCGCCGGGGGCCAGCGGGGCCAGCCGUGCGGGGGGAACCCUGGGCCUCCGCCAGCCGGUCUGCGAGCUUCCCGCCACCAAGGACCUGGAGGAGGAAGCCGCGGGUCGGAGCGACAGCGAGAUGUCCGCCAGCGUCUCAGGCGACCGCAGCCCGAGGGCGGAGGACGACGGCUCUGGCCCCGGGGGCUCGCGCGUGCCGGCGCUGUGCAGCGGCGCGGGAAGCGGCGCGGGCGUGGGGCCAGCGGCCGGCGCGGAGGAGGAGGAGGAGCCCGUGGCGCCCAAGCCACGCAAGAAGCGCUCGCGCGCGGCCUUCUCCCACGCGCAGGUCUUCGAGCUGGAGCGCCGUUUCAACCACCAGCGCUACCUGUCGGGGCCCGAGCGCGCCGACCUGGCCGCGUCGCUUAAGCUCACCGAGACGCAGGUGAAGAUCUGGUUCCAGAACCGUCGCUACAAGACCAAGCGCCGGCAGAUGGCCGCUGAUCUGCUGGCCUCUGCGCCCGCAGCCAAGAAGGUGGCGGUGAAGGUGCUGGUGCGCGAUGACCAGAGACAGUACCUGCCCGGCGAGGUGCUGCGGCCCCCCUCGCUGCUGCCGCUGCAGCCUUCCUACUAUUACCCUUACUACUGCGUCCCCGGCUGGGCCCUCUCCACUUGCGCCGCCGCCACGGGCACCCAGUGAGCCGGCCUGCGGCAAAGCACUGAAUGAUCCC